UCAGCCCGCCACGCUUUCAACAUCAAAGUCCUCCGUCGACACGAUGCCAGCAUCUCUUCCAUCCUCUACUCUGCCUCUUUCGUCGUCCUCUACCAAUACUCGACCUCUUCGAGCUCAUGGACAAAGACGGGCAUAGAAGGUCCCAUGUUCCUCUUCAAGCGCAGUGAGAGCCCUUUUUAUGGGGCUUUUGUUCUCAAUAGGAAUGGGGUGGAGAAUUGGGCGAGUAGUAUAAGGGGGGAAGACGAUUUGGAGGUGAGCGAGGAUUUUGUCAUUUUUAGGUCGACGAGCGAUGGGGAUGGGGAUCGCGUCGUCGGUAUUUGGGUCUUUGAGAAGGAGCAGAGA